AUGGCUCCUGAUAAUUUCACCCCGGUGACUGAGUUCAUUCUCAUGGGAGUCUCAGAUCGUCCUGAGCUCCAGGUUCCCCUUUUCUUUGUCUUCCUGGUGAUCUAUGGGCUGACUGUGGCAGGAAACUUGAGCAUCAUCACCCUCACCAUGGUGGACUCUCGACUUCAAACCCCCAUGUACUUUUUCCUCCGACACUUGGCUAUCAUCAAUCUUAGCAAUUCUACCAUCAUUGCCCCUAAAAUGCUUGUCAACUUCCUGGUUCAGAAGAAAACCAUCUACUACUACUGUUGUGCUGUUCAACUUGGUGGAUUCUUAGUUUUCAUUGUGGCUGAGAUUUUCAUGCUUGCUGUGAUGGCCUAUGACCGUUAUGUGGCCAUUUGCAAUCCCCUGCUGUAUAUGGUGGUGGUAUCUCCACAGCUUUGCCUUCAGCUAGUAGCCUUCACAUAUGUCUAUGGUUUCUUUACAGCUAUUUUAGUUCCAUCGUGUGCAUUCUCUAUGUCUUAUUGUUCCUUCAAUGUAAUCAACCAUUUUUACUGUGACAUUGUUCCUCUGUUGGCAUUAUCCUGCUCGGAUACUUACAUGCCAGAAACAGUAGUCUUUAUUUCUUCAGCUACAAAUUUGGUUAUCUCCAUGACUGUUGUUAUAGUCUCCUAUUUUAACAUUAUCUUGUCCAUUCUCAGGAUACGGUCAGCAGAAGGAAGGAAAAAAGCCUUUUCUACCUGUGCUUCACAUAUGAUGGUGGUCACAGUGUUCUAUGGGACAUUACUAUUCAUGUAUUUGCAGCCUAAAACUGACCACUCAUUAGAUACUGAUAAAAUGGCAUCUGUGUUUUAUACCCUAGUAAUCCCUAUGAUGAAUCCUAUGAUCUACAGCUUUAGGAAUAAGGAUGUGAAAGCUGCCUUAAAGAGAUUCCUGUCAAACCCAUGUAAAUCCUUCAAAUCAAUGUAA